CGUUGAGUCAAGAAAUGGGGAGGCUGAUCAAUUUCACGUUUUGGAUCCAGAUGAAAGAUUAAAAUUACGAAUGAAUGAAUACGAACAAGGUCAAUUUUAUGUUACACGUCAACAAUUCGAUCAAAAAACUGGUGAUUUUAAACCAUAUAAUGAUUUAAAUUCAUUUGAUGAUGACAAUCAACAUAGUGGCAAUA